AUGGACAUGUCUUUCGAGUCCGCACAGGGUAUCAAGCGCAUAAGACAAGCGUGUGCGAAUUGCAGACGCAAGAAGACAAAAUGCUCUGGAGAACGUCCUAUUUGCUUCCAUUGCCGCCGAAACCGAAUCGCAUGCCUCUACGAACCCUACUCUGCGACAAUAGUGGCAGAACCAAACCAACCAGGACAGCCACUACAGCCACUACCGACCACGAAUAGUUACCAAGAUUCUAGCAAUACGGAACUUCUACACCGAAUAAGUACCAUUGAAUCCCGACUCGCGGAGCUCAGCGAGCAGUCAACACGGCGAAACGAUUCCAGCGAUAAUUUAUUAAACCCAUCACAAUCAGGGAGCGAUAUUUCGCCAUCAAUAAGAUCCCCGGACCUGCACACGAACUUCUCACAGGCGACCAAUUAUUCAUCAUACCCUCCACUGCCAGUGCUACAAUCGGUUAUAAACACAUACUUCAGCCAUUGUCACAACAAACCCUAUUCGUUUUUCAAAGAAAUAUCAUUUCGAGAAAGACUGGCCAAUGGCUCUCUUCCCCGGUGCUUAGUUUUGGCACUUCUCUCGUCCGCCGUUAGAUUCUCCGAUCAUGAUUACUACACGGGGAAGCCACAGGCUUCAUCUGAAUACGCGAGAGAAUCGUGGUUAUCAGUUCUAACAGAACAUAUGGCGGUGGAAGAAAAUCUGAAUUUACAUGUCGUACAAACUGUGAACUUGCUUGCGGUGGUAGACUAUACUGCUGGUCGCGUGAGCUCUGGAUGGCUGAAAAUUGGACUCGCUGCGCGGAUUUCACAAGACCUGCAUUUGAUGAUGGAACCGACCGGUUAUUUGUCUUAUGCAGAGCAAGAGGAACGACGCCGGACCUUCUGGUCGGCCUAUCUCAUAGAUAAGCUGAUAUCAUGUGGCCAAGGACGUCCAAUUGUCAUACAGGAUGAUGAUUGUUAUGUGCAGCUACCCUGCGAUGAAACCACCUUUCAAAAUGGUACCUGGAAACAGACAAACACCUUGAGUGAGCUACUGAAUUGGAACGCAGAGGUCAUUGAAAAUCCUAGCCCCUUUGCUCUGGUGACGCUCAUGGCAUCGAUAUUUGGACGUUGCACAAGAUACGUGCACCGAGACAAAAAGUCAGAUCAAAUUCCUCCAUGGGAUACCAAAUCAGAGUUCUCUGCGAUCAAAUCUGCUUUGCUCCUCCUGGAGUCAUAUUCCAAGAUUAGCGAUCGGAAAAUCUCGGACAUCCUGCACGAGACUCACCCAGACGAGAAAGGGCAGCUGAUAUUCGCCCAUACCCUUUUUCACCUUUGUCAUUGUCUCUUGAAUCACCCGUUUCUUGUUCGCCUGCGCCUGAAACCAUUUGCCAAGGCCCCGAGUAGUUUCUCAGCACAAGCACUCCAAGAUGGAGCAGGCCAUGCCAGACAACUGCUCGAUCUCCUACGCGAAGCUACAGAAACUGGAUGCCGAAUAGAAUCCUCCUUUUAUGCAUACUGUAUUGCAGUUGCAGGGUCAAUCAAUUCCCUGGCAUCUCAUUUCGAACACCAGAGUGUCGCCCGGCGCCAGUCUGAUAUUCUUUACUAUUUUCAGCAGAGCCUCGAUUUUCUGAACUCACUGGGAAAGUUCUGGACACAUUCCGCAAACAUGGCCGUCCGCCUCAGUGACUUUCACAGCAUUGCCGAUCAAUUCUCUGGUCUUCUCGAUCCAGCACGCCUAACAGAGGAUCUUGACGCAUAUCAUGAAGACAUACUGUGGUCCAUGAUAGACUACGGGAUUUUGGGCUCAGAUCCAUACAAAAGACCCCUGAUACCAAGACCCAGCACCUCAAAUAUUCCCUCGCCAGAUUCAUGGGCUCUUCAGUCGAGCUUUAAUAUGAGCGCACCAUCUCGUGUUAAGACACGGCUGCAGAUUCAAGUCCAAGAGCGCGAUAAAGACGGAACCAGCGACUGUGGAUCAGAAACUGGCCCUCAGUACGAUAAUGCUGUGGACGCAGUGUUUAAGAUCAUCCAGUCAGAUGGAUUCCUAGGGUUGUAUAGUGGCCUGGCUAGCUCUGUUCUUGGCACCGCAUCUAUGAAUUUUGCAUAUUUCUACUGGUCAGCGGCUGCGCGAGUCCUGUACGGAGCGAUGCUUAAAGCCCGUGGUCGCGCAGAUGCAAACAGCAUUGUGAAAGAGCUGGGCCUCGGUGCUGCAGGCGGCGCCAUGGCCCAACUCUUCACGACUCCUAUAUCGGUUGUUUCGACGCAACAACAGCUGGGCACAAAGAUCACGGGCAAAGAAUCUAUCUGGAGAUCCAUGAAAGCGAUACUGGACAGUGAUGAUGGAUGGACUGGGCUAUGGACUGGGCUGAAGGUAAACCUGAUUUUGGUCAUCAACCCUAUGAUCACGUACGGUGUUUAUCAAUGGCUCCGGAAUAUCUUAGUCAAUGUGAGAAAAGACCUUGGCUCUUUCGAUGCAUUCAGGUCUUCUCCCGCAAAUUACCAAGGGAUUUUUGGUGCAGGGACUGAUGAUGCUAUUCAAAGAAAGAAUGGAAACGCUUCUCGUGCUGGCCAUCAAAACUAA